AUGACACGAGAGCAGUAUAUAUUAGCAACACAACAGAACAGCCUCCCAAGUACUGAACAUCCUCAGUUUUACCCAGUAGGGAUCUAUGGAUGGCGAAAGAGGUGCUUAUACUUCUUUGUCCUUCUACUAUUGGUUACCAUGAUUGUUAACUUAGCAAUGACAAUAUGGAUUUUGAAGGUUAUGAAUUUCACAGUGGAUGGAAUGGGAAAUUUGAGAGUCACUAAAAAAGGAAUACGACUUGAAGGAGUAUCUGAAUUUCUGCUUCCACUAUACGUGAAAGAAAUCCAUUCCCGAAAGGAUAGCCCGCUGGUCUUGCAGUCUGACAGAAAUGUAACAGUGAAUGCAAGAAAUCACAUGGGACAGUUAACUGGACAACUGACAGUAGGAGCUGAUGCUGUGGAGGCCCAGUGUAAGAGAUUUGAAGUGAGGGCAAGUGAAGGUGGAAAAGUAUUGUUUUCUGCAGAUGAAGAUGAGAUUGUCAUUGGAGCUGACAGACUGAAAGUAACAGGCACGGAAGGGGCAGUGUUUGGGCACUCUGUGGAGACACCCCAUAUCAGAGCAGAGCCUUCCCAAGACCUCAAACUUGAAUCUCCUACUAGAUCUUUGGUGAUGGAAGCACCCAGGGGAGUGCAGGUCAAUGCAGCUGCAGGAGACUUAAAGGCUACCUGUAGGAAAGAACUGCACUUACAGUCCACAGAAGGGGAAAUAUUUUUAGACGCAGAUACAAUACGUCUGGGAAAUCUACCAGUGGGUUCCUUUUCCUCCUCCUCUUCCUCCUCCCCGAGCUCUUCAGCUCCUCGACAGACCAUCUACGAGCUCUGCGUCUGUCCCAAUGGCAAACUUUACCUGUCCCCAGCAGGAGCAGGCUCCACAUGUCAAUCCAGUAGCAACAUCUGCUUGUGGAGCUAAAAAGACUCCAAUUUAUCCUCACACCAGAAUAGCCUUUUGUUACUAUCCCUGUGCUUCACAGUUUUGCUCGGUUUCCCUUGUGACAAGUUCGAUGCUUCAAACGGCCUGCAGAGCAACUUCUUCCAGUGUAAGCAGGAAUACAGCGCUGCCUUCUCUUGUGGUUUGUGUUGCCACUCAGUGCAGAGAUGGGAGUGAGAUAUUCAGAAAUCAAUGUAUUCUUCAUCAGGAAACCUGGAACAUAAUACCACCUUUUGUCCAAAAGGAAGAAUAACACAGGUGCCUUUGCUACAUGAAGUGAAGCACAUAGUUCUAGAUUUUUGCAGGACCUGGAUAUGAACUGCACAUAUAUAUAUAUAUACACACACACAGUACAUAAACAAAUUUUCCUAGAAUCUGAUGGUGAGAUGAAUUGGUUCCCCUGUAUGAUGAGUAACUUUACUGUCUGAAAGCACAAUUUUCAUUCAUCUUUUUGGAUGUAAACUUUUAUCCCUGAAUUUUAAAAUUUUGAAGCAUUGUGUGAUGCUUGCUUUACUAAACAAAUUCAGUAAAUGGUUUUUAACACAAAAAGAGACAGAAUCCCUCCCUGAGUUUGGUUUCUUUAAAGGUGUGUUGUUACUCUUUGUCUACUGAGUCUAGGGUUUUGUACACUAGGCAGAUUUUGGCAGUGCUCAGCAAUAUUACCUUGCAGAGUUGAACAGACAUCUGCUAUAGUUUGUCUGAUCUGAAUGGCCU